AGCAGAUUCAUGCCACAGAAGUGGCCCGCAUACAGCAGCAUACAGAGUCAAACACAUCUAUAGCGCGCUCUGUCGAUUAUACUACUUAUUUUUUAAGAUAUAUAAAUCUUUAUUAGUGUUGUUUUACACGACAGUAAUAUUUAACCUUAUAUUUAUAAGUGCUGAAAGUAAAUUAUCUAAUACUACCAAUUAUGUCGAAGAAAUUAACUUUUGUGACCGGCAACGUAAAGAAACUGGAGGAGAUUGUGAAGAUCUUAGGUAGUAAUUUUCCCUUUGAAUUAAACAACAAAAGUUUGGAUUUGCCUGAACUACAGGGUGAAAUUAAUGAGAUCUCAGUUAAAAAGUGCAUGGAAGCUUACAAACAGCUGAAUACACCUGUUAUAGUGGAGGACACUUGUCUAUGUUUCAAUGGUUUAAAGGGUUUGCCUGGUCCGUACAUAAAAUGGUUCUUAGAGAAAUUAGGACCUGAAGGACUCUACAAGAUGUUGGAUGGCUUUGAGGAUAAGUCUGCUGAAGCAGUUUGUACUUUUGCCUAUUACUCAGGUGAAAAUGAUGAUGAAGUAGUGCUGUUCCAAGGACGCACCAAAGGAGUGAUUGUGGAUCCAAGAGGACCCAGGGAUUUUGGAUGGGAUCCAUGCUUUCAGCCAGAAGGCUACAACCAGACAUAUGCAGAAAUGGCCAAAGACGAAAAGAACAAGAUUUCCCACAGAUACAGGGCUUUAGAUAAACUACAAACCUACUUCAUUACAAAUAAAUAGAUCAAUAUGCUUUUUCAUUUUCAUUUAUUAAAUACCUAUC